AAUUGUAUUGAUCAGGACCAGCUGUUUUCCCUGCUGCAUAAUGCACAGCAUCGGCGAAUGGAUGACCAGCGGUGCUCAUUUGAACCCUUUAAAAAGGCUUCCUCUUCUCCAAAGAAUCCUAUUAGUCCCACAGGUAACCAAAAUCCUGAGCAGUUUUUCAAACUGGUGUCCAACUUUCAGAGCGGACGGCUGGAUGACCAACGCGUGACACUCAGUGCAUUGCCAGGCAUCCAGAACUCCAGCACUGGAAAUAAGAGAGAGAACAAUAAAACAUUAGCUCCUAAAAUCACCCUGACCCCUGCUUUACCUGCUGUGCCAAAAGAAGUUUGUUCCAGACCUUCCUCUCCCACUCUGAGCAUCAGUGAAUCAGACACACCUGUCAGGCCUCCCCCCAGACUGGCCUCAUUUUCCCCAGAGAGAUUACUGCAUGAUGAUAUGUCUGCACAGAUAUCAUUUCAAAUUUCCAUGUGCUUCCCUCCACAUCAGACGCAUGGAGCAAAUAACCAGCCAUAUCCAUUCCCUGAAGUCUUCAUCACAAUCGGACAACCAGGGGAGGCUAUAGUAAUUCCUCUCAGCCCUAGGCCUGGCAGACCGGUCUCUCUCAAUGUGAACCCACACAGACAGCAUCGCUCCAGGUCUCCUGAGAGUCAGGGACAAUCAAGACCCUCUUCUCCACACCUGUCUAGUCCAGUGGGCCCAUAUGAGGACUACGUCUCUCUGAAACAAAGAGUCCACACCACUCAGCUGCAACAGAACAAGGAGGCUGAGAAGGGAAAAGGAAAAAGUAGUGGAAAGAAAGAAAAAAAGGAGAGAAGCAAAGAAAAGAGAAAAUAGGAUGCCAUGCAUGAUCAUAUAGUCUAGUUUCACAUCACCUGGAUGAAUGUCAGUAUUACAAAUAAGCUAAACAUUUUGGUUUUUAGAUAAAAUAAUUGGCAUGUCAAAAUAAGCUGUGUUCACACUGGAAAUUAACAUACUGUUUAGAAGUGUAUUCUGUAUUGUUUUAGUUUCAUGGCUCGUUUGACAAUCUCUUGUGAAUUAAAAAAGUAUUUGUGUGAAGCUUUAAUGAGUGUUUUUAAAAUUAGCGUUACCUGUGCUAUUCAUGUUUCAUGAAAAAUAAAUCAUCAUCUAAUUAGGA